AAUUCUCUACGCCAGUUAUAUAUCCAGUUUCUGAAGUUCUGAGUGGUCACUUGGAAAAAAUCGUGUGCAACAUUUCUAGCCUGAAGGUGAAGGGCUCCCUCCCAACUCACAGCAACAUUUCUCUGAGCAGAGAUGGUAAUAUCCUGAACAGCAGCCAUGGAAAACCAUCAGUGGAGUACUAUUUUGUGCCUAAUGUAGAGCAGGAUGACGGGGCUGAGAUCCUCUGUGAGGCCAUCCUCCUGUUGGGUUCACAAGUGCUGAGAAAAAAUGUAAAUCAAACACUGAAAGUUGUGGCUAGCCCUUAUAAUGUCAGCAUAUUGGCCACUCAUGGGAUUUAUAAAGUGGAUGCAAAAAUUAUGGUGACAUGUAAUGCUAAAGGAAAACCCAAUCCAGAAUAUUCCUGGGAACUUCCCUCCAAAGUUAAUGUGGAAUUCUCAAAUAGCAACAAGACUGUAACAAUUAAGUCAGCAAAGGAAUUCCACAAUGGGACUUAUCGUUGCCUAAUACAUAAUGUUUAUGGCAAGAAUUCAGCACAGAUUGACAUUGUCUUUGAAGGGAAGUCUCGCAACUGGGUUAUAGCCCCGGUGAUAACAAUGUUAGUAUUGGGCUUAAUUAUCAUUGGUGGAGUCUUUUACUUUUGCCGAAAACGACCACUUUAAGAGAGGACAGAUCAGGAUUCCUUUGGGAUGAAGAGGCAGAAUUUGCAGGGGAUCCCUUUUGAGCUACAGCAGAAGCCAGAAUGAGAAGGAAUCCUAGUUCUCAUUCCCAAGUCUACACAGCAGCAGAGGCAGAAUUUGGAUAAUCUCCUCCAUGGUGCCUGAUCUACAUUCAGCCGCUGCCGAAACAAGAAAAAGUUCCUCUGAGCCGCUGAGGACUGUUAUAGGAACUGCAACAUGUGCCAAACCAAAGCAAGAUACCUGUAUCAGAUAGGAGAUUCAGCUACCUGAGUGCAUUACCUGAGUUGGAAAUAGGGAAAAAUGUUUCUAGUUCUUAGAGCUGAGCAUCAUU